AUGCUCAUCACACCCCUUAUCUUGAAGGGCAUCGCCGCCCUCAAGAGCAUCUUCAUCCUCACCUCAGGCGCCUCUGCAUCGCGGUACUCCCAGCACGUCAACAAACGCACGAUUGGCUCUGGAUUCCUAGUGCUCGGUCUCGCAUAUGUGACAUGUCCUUACGGACGUUCUGACGAUUCUGAUAGAUGCGUGGCUGCAGCCUUGGUGCAUCCCACGAGUCACCUCUGGACACGCUCAGCCAUCUUCUGGAGUCUCUGUCGAUGGAUCCCGUUAUGUGCCAGACGCGCCCGGGAGGCCUCGCUCCUCCCUUUCCCAAAGGUCGACUGGUUGAUUGCUCCGUCGACUGGGGGCGCUGUAGAGCCUGACGCAUCUGUCCCAUCGUCUGUCGGUGACUCUUCGCAGUAUGACAUCGGCAUCCCUCCGGCUCUCGUGGACGUGGACGUGCCCGAGCUCGACUGGUCGAUUCCCGAGGCUCCCACUAUCCAAACGCCCGAGGUCGCGGAAACGAAGCCCGACUACGUCUCUUAUGACAUCUAUCUCGCAACAAUCACCUGGGCCCCUGAUAACAGCACCAUCUGGAGCGCUAGGAUCUCUCCCCCUGCCGGGCCUGACGAUGUCCUACCCGUGCGACUACACGAGCUGUCUGUCCUGACGUUCGAAAAGCGUUGCAUGAAGAAAGGCACCAUCCCGCGACUUGGCGACUGGACCUCGGGCAUGAUCCUGGGGUGGCGGGCAGGAGCAUUGUUUUGCAUAAUCAUCGACAUGCUGGAGUGGCUGGCACCUAUCCCUGGGCUGAUUCUGCAGGCGUGGUGGACCCUCAAAGACACAUACUAUCCUUCGGCUCUGUUCUUCUCUCGUCGCCGACCCGGGUAUCGUCGUUUGCAAAAUAGGAGAUGA